AUGCUGGUUUCUCUGACUGUGGGCAAGGUCGACGCCGGAGUCGCGGUGCUGCUCACGGAGGAUAAACGACUGAUAGAGUUCCCUUCGAUACUGCUGCCCUCCUCCAUCAACUCAGGAUCAAUUGUCGACAUCACCGUCACUCAGAAUCACGAGGCCGAGGAGAAGACACGGGAGGCAUUUGCUGCCCUCCAAAGCCAGAUCUUGACUACCUACGGCAUCAACUCCCCUGCCACGCCGGUCCUGCGACUUCGAAAUGCCACGCAGACGUCGCUCGUACUUGAAUGGGAUCCUAUCCAGUUGGCCACGACAACUCUCCGGUCGCUCUCUCUUUACCGAAAUGGAAGCAAGGCAGGCAACAUCCCGAGGCCGUUGGAGAUGACAAGCACGAAAAUCAGUGGAUUGGCCGUGGAUUCAGAAUACUCCUUCUACCUAGUCUUGAAGACAAGCGGAGGCACAUACACGAGUAAUACUCUGACGGCGAAAACACAUGCAAUGAACAACCUGACCGGCAUCACCGUGACCCCAGGAGUCUUGCCGUCACAACUCCGAGAAGCCCUGGAGGCUGCGGUGCAGCGCAUCGGUGCGAGGAUCGUCGACACGGUCAGAAUCGACACCACCCAUUUUGUCUGCACAGAAGGCCGGGGGCGUGAAUGGGAUAGGGCAAAUGAGAUGAACAUACCCGUUGUCCGGCCCGAAUGGGUCGAAGGUUGUGAGAGAGAAGGCAGAAUCAUCGGCGUUCGUGGUUACUAUCUUGACGCCGAUCCAAAACAGCGACAGGUUGGGUCGAACCCAUCUCUUUCCGGAAAUCGGUCUUCUUUAAGUGCACCAGCAGCUCCUGCAACUGCUCCUCAGCAAGCCAGCAUCCCUCAGAGACCCAAAGACCCAACGCCCAAUAGUCCAGAUCGAGAGAGUACCGUGAGUGGAGAGCCAGGACCUGAACUUCAUCCGCCUUCUCCGCCACAGAAAGAGUUGCCACCGACCCCCGCCGACGUGGAUGAGGAUGAGGAUGGGGAUGGGGAAGAGAGUAGUGGAUCCGAAGAGGCAGAAGGCAAAGCAGAAAACACGGAAGAACCCACGGGUAAAGAAGCCGCCUCUUCGGACGAUACAGAGACCGACCAAGCGUCGUCCGUGGAGGAGAGCCAUCAAGCCGAGGGUGAAGACAGAAAAGGUACAGACAUGGAAGACGUCGCGCUGUGA